AUGGCAGAUGGUACCUACAGGUUCCAGCAGCCUGGGGCCGGGCCGUUUCCCUUCCAAACACAACCACAGCAUCACUCCCACCAACGACACGCAAUUCCAAACGGGACCAAUUCUCCGGUUCGACUGAAGCUCAACCACGACACCCCUUCCCCUUCUCGAUCACCCCCCGUUACUCAAUCAGCCGCACUUCCCUUCAACAUGUACCAAGGCCAACACAUGGUGAUGAAUGGGGCCCAGGCCCAUCACCAGCACCAGCACCAACAACAGCGCUAUGCUGGCAUUGGUGGGAUGCCCAUCACUAAAUUCCAAUCGCACCAUACACAACAACAAAUUCACGCAACCCACUCACAAGCAACCCACACUUUCACUCAACAGAACUACUCCGCUGGAGUUUUACCCGCAUCAAACACUCAAUUCAACCAGAAUCAUCUCCAGAAUGGCGGUCCGGCUGUCGGCGACGACGAGAUGGAGGGCUCCAUGAGCGAGCAUUGGCAGCAGCAGCUCCAGCUUUAUGCGGAGUCGCGACAAUCCAAUUCCCCUCAUUACUAUGCCAGGAUAAUGGCACAGCAAUCCAAGGGAAUUUCGCUUAUCGCUAGCCAGACAGACGCGAGCGAAACCACGGUUGAUGCACGAACUGGAGCCACAAUUACCAAGCCAGCUUCACGACAGGGGUGGAACGCGCUCGACUUUGGUGGCCAGGGCUUGCGUGCCAUGUCUGCCUCGUUGUUUGGUUACAAGUUCCUUGAGAAACUGUACCUCAACCACAAUAAGCUCAAAGCGCUUCCUUCUGAAAUUGGCCAACUUCGCAAGCUAACCCAUCUUGAUAUCUCCGGCAAUGAGUUAACAGAGCUUCCUGAAGAGAUUGGCAUGUUGACCAAUCUUAAGAAGCUUUAUGUCUUUGAUAAUAACAUUCGCAACCUCCCUUACGAGAUGGGAUAUCUCUACCGUCUGGACACGCUAGGCAUUGAAGGCAACCCUUUAAAUGAGGUUCUCAAGUCUCGGAUGAUGAAGGAUGGGACAAAAGCUCUGAUUAAGUAUCUUAGAGAAGAGAUGCCCGUACACAUACCUCCCCCCGAUCGUGACUGGGUGAUUCUUGAUGAAACCGCAAGCUCUAACAACAGCCCCGCGGAGAAAAUCACCGUCCUCUCUUACAACACCCUGUGUGACUCCUCCGCCACCGCCUCUCACUACGGCUAUGUCCCCUCGCGCAUUCUCUCUUGGGAGUUCCGUCGUGACCUCAUCCUUAACGAAUUACGAUCCCACAGCUCAGACAUUGUCUGUCUUCAGGAGGUUGACCAAGGAAGUUACAAUAACUUCUUCCGGGAACAGCUUGCCUACAGUGACUACAAGGGUGUCUUUUGGCCUCGCGGGCGUGCCAUGGGUAUGCAAGAGGAAGACGCCAAGGCAAUCGACGGUUGCGCCAUUUUCUUUAAGGGAAGCAAGUACAUUCUCUUGGAUAAGCAUCUGAUCAACUUCGGUCAAACUGCCGUUCGGCGGCCCGAUGCCAAGGGUCAGGAUGAUAUCUACAAUCGACUCUGGCAGAAAGACCACAUUGCAGUUGUCAUUUUCAUCGAAAACCGUCAAACUGGAGCCCGCUUUAUGGUUGUGAAUUCCCAUCUCUACUGGGAUCCGGCAUUCAGUGACGUGAAGCUCAUCCAGACUGCGAUUUUGAUGGAGGAACUCACCAAUCUCUCGGACAAGUACGCCAAAUGGCCCGCUUGCACAGACAAGACCGCAUUCCGCUUCUCUGAGGCGGAAAGCGGAUUUGAGAACGCACCAAUUGUGGAGCCUGCACCAUCAAAGGUAUACUCCUGUGGUGAUCAGAUCCCACUUCUGAUGUGUGGUGAUUUCAACUCGGCGCCUGGCUCUGCAGCAUACACUGUGAUUGCGAGCGGACGACUUGAUGAAGACCACCCAGAGCUGAAGAACCGUCUUUAUGGAAAUCUGAGCACAGUCGGCAUGAAACAUCCAUUCCAACUCAAGUCCGCUUACGACUCAAUCGGUGAACUGAGUUUCACAAAUUACACCCCGGACUUCAAGGACAUCUUGGAUUACGUGUGGUUUUCAUCGAACACGCUUCGUGUGUCCGCCUUGCUUGGAGAAGUGGAUAAGGAAUACCUUCGCCGGGUGCCAGGUUUCCCCAACUUCCAUUUCCCCAGUGACCAUAUCGCAUUGUUCGCGGAGUUUACUCUUAAAGGUAAAAAGGGUAAAGUUGUGGAGGCAGACUUUGGGCCGCAACGACACUGA